CUGACAAUCUACCAGCCAUGGCGCAGAUGGACAUCGGAGCUUUCUGUGUUCUCCUUUGCUUGUCGAUCUCACUGCCCCUUCUGGCGAACUCCCUCUUCUUCAACUUCACCGAUUUCAGUCGAGCAGCUUCCAAUUCACAGCUCUUACUGCAGUACGAAGCAAGAAAGAACGGCGCCAGCAUCAACCUCACUAGGGAUCCCAUGCAAUACGCCACCGGAAGAGUGGAGUACGCAGAGGAACUGCUUCUGUGGGACGCCGGCACCGGCGAGCUCACCGACUUCAUCACCAGCUUCUCCUUCGUCAUCGACUCGUUCAACAAGUCGGAGUUCGGCGACGGCCUCGCCUUCUUCCUGUCGUCGGGGGAGACCGAGCUCAACUACGCCCGGGGCGGCUUCCUCGGCAUCUUCAGCAACAGCUCCUUCUCCGACUCCCCCGCCGGCACGGUGGCGGUGGAGUUCGACACCUUCAGCAACGACUGGGACCCGAAGGGCGUCCAUCUCGGGAUCGACGUCGACAACAUCACCUCCGCGGUGACCACGCCGUGGAACGUCGACAUCAGGGGCGGCAAGCCGGCGACGGCGUGGGUGAGUUAUGAUUCGAAAGCACGCAACUUGAGCGUCCUGGUGAACUACGAACCGGAUCCGGAGUCCGGCCUCCGGUCCGCCACCUCUGCCGCCCUAUCCUUCGUCGUGGACCUGCGAAAGGUCCUUCCGGAGAAGGUGACGAUGGGGUUCUCCGCGACCACCGGUAACUUGACCGAGGCGCACACCCUCCUUUCUUGGUCAUUCAACUCGACCUUGGAAGAAAGAGGGGCUAGAAAGACACCGGCGGUUGCAGUCGCCUUCGGUGUGGCCUCCGGAAUGAUUGCGUUCGUGGCGGUUGCUGCGGGGUUCAUUUGGUGCCUGAUUCUGAAGGGGAAGCCCCCUGUUAGCGAUGUGGCGGAGGAUGACGACGACGACGCCAUAGACGACCAAUUUGAGAGAGAAAGGGGGCCGAAGAGAUUCCCUUACCAAGAACUCGCCUCGGCGACUAGGGAUUUCGCAGUAGAGGGCAAACUCGGGGAAGGUGGAUUCGGAUCGGUGUACAAAGGCAGAUUAAACGGGGUGGAUGUGGCAAUCAAGAGGGUGUCCAAAGAUGGCAAACAGGGGAAGAAGGAGUACAUCUCCGAGGUCACCAUCAUCAGCCGCCUCCGCCACCGCAACCUGGUGCAGCUCCUCGGCUGGUGCCACGACCGCGGCGAGUUCCUCCUCGUCUACGAGUUCAUGCCCAACGGCAGCCUCGACUCGCACCUCUACUGUUCGACGAAAUGCCUGCGGUGGCCGACGCGGCACAAGGCGGCGAUAGGGCUGGCGUCGGCGCUCUUCUACCUCCACCAUGAAUGCGAUCCGGGGGUAGUGCACCGCGACGUGAAGCCCAGCAACGUCAUGCUCGACUCCGCCUUCAACGCCAAGCUCGGCGACUUCGGGCUCGCCAGGCUGGUCGCCGACGACGGCCGAGGUCCGCAGACGACGAUGCCGGCGGGGACGUUGCCCUACAUGGCCCCCGAGUACUACCACUACGGCAAGGCCAGUAAAGAAACCGAUGUGUACAGCUUCGGGAUCGUGGCGCUGGAGAUCGCCUGCGGGCGGCGGCCGGUGAUGGAUGACACGCUGCUGGUGGAGUGGGUGUGGGAUCUGUACGGAAAAGGAGCGAUCUUGGAGGCGGCGGACGAGAGGCUCGCUGGCGACUUCGAUCGGAAGGAAAUGGAGUGCUUGAUGGUGGUGGGAUUGUGGUGCGCGUAUCCCGAUUGCAAGCUCCGCCCGACGAUCCAGCAGGCGAUCAACGUGCUGUCGAUGGAGAAGGAAAUUCCAAGACUGCCGCCGGCGAGGCCGCAUCCGAUCUAUUACCAGCCGUCGUUCGAUACGCUGGCCGCCAUGUCCGGGACCUUUUUGAGCUCGACGACUGGAACUCGAAGCAGUACGGCUUCUGCUUCUUUGGCAUGCUCUAUGAUCAAUAUCCCUGCCAUUGACAACACCACAAGCUGAUCCAUGCAACGAGAUUCGUGAAUUGAUUUUUUUUAUUAUCUAGCAUCAACACCUAGUCCUUCGUGCCCGAAGAAUGAGCCAUCGGUGAGGUACGUUUGAUGUUGACCAUGUUGACGAAAGCCGAGGGAAGAUUGAUCGUCGGAAAAGCUAGCAGAGAUGGAAAAAGAUAUAGAACAGAGGUCAGAAGGUGCUCGGGCUUAACCAUCCCGAUGUUCAAAUUAAAUCUCCGGUAGACGAGGGCAGGGCCGGCUUUGGAGAAGGAUGGUAUUGGACGAUGACCUGAGCUCAUAAUUUGAAUGGGUCUAAAAUUUUUCUUUUUAGUAUUAUAUAUUAUAAGUAUGUAUAGGAUCUUAAAUAGUUGAGUUAAUUCAUAUUACAAAAUUUUUUGAUAUUAUUUUUUAUUUUUAUCUUUUUAACAUAUAAUUAGGGCCUUAAAUGAUUACGGCCUAAAUUUAUUUUAAUUUUUUUUUUUCCAUCCCGGACCUAGAAGGAUCGGAGCUGGACGAGGGGAGGUGGAAAUAAAACAGUAAUAAGAAGAUGCGGUGGUGUUUUAAGUGUGCAUGUGUGUGCAUAUGUCCCCAUGUAAACAGACUCUUUUUAUAUAUAAAAAAAAAUGAUCCGUCUUUCCUAAUGAAUGAGAUGUUAUGUCUAA